AUGAGGACAUAUUUCUACAUCAUUAAUGUCCUUGUUUCCAUUUUAUGGCUUUCAUUUAUUUAUCACCACCAAGUGAAAAUUAAACCUAGAAAUUCUUCUAACAUUGCAAACAGCACAAUAACGGCUCUGGGUGAUAACCAGACCUUUAUCCUGGCUCCGUACUAUGACCCCCGAGGACCCACACCCAUUAUCCGGGUACUUGCCAUUAUACAUCAUUCAGUGAGAGAGCUUUAUUGUUGGUUCCACUGUAUCCAUAGCUCCUCCGUGACAGUCAGAGCUCAGAUAGACCUUCACAGAGACAGGUUUGAGCAUCCAUAUGGGACGGCUGACCUGUUAUGUACUGAGCCUCCAAACUGUUCCUAUCAUUACAUAUCUGCCCAUUGGUCCAAUGCCACAAACAUAACUCAGCUGCCGUUGUUUGAAGUCAGAAACCGUCCUCCUCAUACUCUGUCUGUCAAUUUCACUGUCUGCAUUUCCACCAUGUACGGAGAUUAUAAUAAUGUUCUACAGACUAUCCAGAGCAUUGAAAUGUAUAAACUGCUUGGAGCUGGAAGAGUUACUCUCUAUGUCAACAAGUGUCAUGAGAAUGUGGACAAAGUCUUACAAUAUUACGUGGAAGAGGGAAUUCUAGAGGUCGUUCCUUGGCCAAUAGACAAAUUCCUACGAACAUCUACUGACUGGUAUUAUAACUCGAAUUCCAAAAAUCAGAUUGGUUACUAUGGACAAACAGCCACUUUAAAUGACUGUCUGUACAGGAAUAUGUAUAGAAGUAAGUUUGUCUUCCUUAAUGACAUUGAUGAAAUCAUUCUUCCAGUGAAACUCCAUGAUUGGGGGUCAUUAAUGGAGAAUCUUCAAAAGAAAUAUCCAGAGAGCAGCGUCUUUCUCUUUGAAAACCAUGUUUUUUUCCCAUCUGCCAACAAAUCUAGAUUGAAUAUGUGGACAAAUAUUUCUGGGGUUAAUAUCCUUCUUCACACUCUUCGAAAAUCUAAAGUUGAAAACCCUUUUUCAAACAAUAAAUUACUAGUAGACCCCAGAAAAGUCUUUCAGACAUCAAUCCAUAAUGUUUUGAAGAGAGAAGGAAAAACAACUUUGGUCACGAGAGAAAUGGCUAUUUCGUUUCAUGCUAAGAAUAUCACACCACAUGUUCCUAAAGAUUCGCUCACUGAAGACAGGACCCUGUGGAGAUUUAAUGUGUCCUUAGAGCAAAAUUCUAAUAAAGUUAUCCAGGAAGUUUUACCCAUUAUUAAUAUGUCAGAUAGGGUGUAA